UAUCAGUAACAGCCUCCAUUCGAACGAUACACUUCGACUUUCCGUACACUGAUUAUUUUACGAUGGUUCAUUCCGUAUUUCUUCAUCGACUGCAACACAUCAACAUCGCCAACAGUUCCCUAUCGCGGUCUAUCUACAUUUCUCCAAAUUUCACAAAGAUGAAAAUUGCCGUGAUCGGUGCUGGAUCCGCUGGUCUCGCAGCCAUACGACAUUGCACUUCCGGUGUAUACAACGCUGAAGUAGUUUGUUACGAGAAAACGGACCAAGUAGGAGGUACAUGGGUUUAUAGGGAAGAAGUUGGUUUGGAUCGAUAUGGUUUACCAAUACACACCAGUAUGUAUAAAAAUUUAAGAACAAAUCUUCCCAAGGAAGUAAUGGGAUAUCCAGAUUAUCCUGUUCCGAGUGUACCCGAAAGUUAUCUAACUCGUGAGCAAAUGCUCAACUUCCUAGUCUCGUAUUGCGAUCAUUUUAAACUUCGCCAGUACAUUCGGUUUCUGCACAACGUUGAACUAAUAGAGCCGUCUAACGGAGACCGGAAGUGGACGAUCAAAGUGAAAGAUUUACAAAGAAACAUGGUCUUAAAUGAAUCGUUUGAUGCUAUUAUGGUUUGCAAUGGGCAUUACUUCGAGCCUAGUUAUCCAAAUUUGAAAGGUCGAAGUAUUUUUCAAGGGAAACAGAUGCAUAGCCAUGAUUACAGGGUUCCGGAUAUUUUUCUUGAUAAGAAAGUACUUGUUAUCGGUGCUGGUCCUUCUGGUAUGGACUUGGCUUUGGAUAUAUCGGGAAAAGCGACACGUGUGAUCUUGAGUCACCACUCGAGAGACCCUAUAGGCACUGUGUUUCCAGCUAACGUUAUACAGAAACCAGAUGUAAAGGAACUAACUGAACGCAACGCUGUGUUCAACGACGGUACCAGUGAACCAGUGGAUAUAGUUUUCUAUUGUACAGGGUACAAAUACAGUUUCCCCUUUCUAAGCGAAAAGUGUGGGGUUCGAGUUGAUUCCAACAUGGUGACACCGUUGUGGAAACAUCUCGUAUCGAUCGAAAAUACCAGUCUUGCUUUAGUCGGUCUUCCCUACUACGUUUGCGCCUUCAGUAUGUUCGAUCUGCAGGUACGAUUCGUCCUGCAAUAUUGGACCGGCAGAAAAGAUUUCCCUUCCAAAGAGGAUUUGCUGCGUGAAGAGGCGAAGGAGUUGGAAAAUCUUUUAAAAGAAGGUCUACAGAAACGGCACUUUCACCUGAUGGGAUUCAAGCAGGAUCGUUAUUACGACGAUCUCGCGAAUACUGCAGGAAUCACACCAUUGCCGCCUGUACUCGCGAAGCUGCACAACGAAAGCAGUACGCACUUCUUGGAUGACCUGGUGCAUUAUCGGGAAACUCGAUACAAGAUUAUCGAUGACUAUAACUUUAUUCAGCUUUGAAAAUACGUCAUAAAUAUAUUGACCGCCAUUAUAUAAAUAUAUUGUAUAAAGAUAUUUUGUACUCUGAAUAGAUCCAAUUAUAAUAAUUAUAUAACGUA